GGCACCGGCGGCACCGGCGGACGGACCGAGCCCCCGGCCAUGGCCUCGGCGCUCCGGCUGCCGCUGCUGGCCGCCGCCCUGCUCUGCGCCCCGGUGAGGGGUGACGGGGAGCCCCCGGAUCCCGUGUUCCUGCCGGCGGAGCUGGAGGUCCUUGGGGUGCCCGAGUCCUACCGGCUGCAGAGGGUGGAUCAGGACGUGGCCCCCAACUCUUCCCUGCACACCCGCUCCGAGACAUUCCUGCUGCUUCGUGCCGGAUCCCAGGCCCUGGUCCAGGCCACCUACCCCCCGUUCAGCAUCCGCCAGGAGGUGUCCGUGGAGAGCCCCCGCGGCUCAGCAGCUUGGGCCAUCCGCGCCGUGUCCCUGGAGAGCUCGGUGUCCCCUGCUGAGCCUGUGGCACGUGUCCUCUUCCAUCUGCACGGGCCCGACUGGAUGCCUGGGAAGCAGGAUCAUGCUGGGACCCAGAAUCAUCCCAAGGACUGGGACCAUCCUGGGGUCUGGGAUCACCCUGAAGUCCGGGACCAUCCUAGGGGUCAGGGUCACCGCAGGGACUGGGAUCAUCCCAGGGAGCAGGACCACCCUGGGGUCCGGGAUCACCCCAGGAACGGCGAUCACCCUGGGGAUCGUGACCACCCCAGGGACCAGGACCACCCUGAGCAGCAGGACCACCACGGAGUCUGGGAUCACCCCAAGGACCGGGAUCACCCCAAAGAUCGGCACUACCCUGGGAUCCACGAUCACCCCAAGUACUGGGACCACCUCAAGGACCAGGACCAUCGUGAGCAGCAGGACCACCCUGGGAACUGGGAUUCUUCAAGGGAUUGGGAUCACUCCAGAACUCAGGAUCUCCCCUGUGUCACCCUCCAUGCUCACCACCGUGGGCGGGUGGCCCAGGGGACAUGUCGCCUGCAGGCCCCACUGGGCGUGUGCGUGGUGGAGCUGGAGAUCCCUCCACGCUGGUUCUCCCUGGGAUCCCUCCAUUCCCACCGGAGCCGCCGGCGGGAUUCCGACCUCGUGGAGCCUCCGGAGCGCCCAGAACCAGCUGAGCUGCGCUACAGCGUGGGGGAGUGCGGGGGUCGGGAGCAGGAGGCUCCCAGAAUCCUUGGAAUGCUGGAGCUGCGGGCAGGAGAGCCGGAGCGGCGGCAGGAGGUGCGGCUGGACGAGAAGGUGCUGCUGCGUGUCCCCAAUGUCCCCCUGCGGCCCGGGCAGCACUUCACGGCCACCAUCGCCCUGUGCCACAACUUCACUGCCAACAGCCUGACCCUGAGGAUCAAGGCCAAGAAGGGCCUGCAGGUGGUCUCCGCCCAUCCCACAAUUCCCAGUGCCUGGAGCGUGCACCUGGAGCGUUCCCGUGGUCCCAAGCACUCCACGGCUGUGGUGACAUGCCGGCGACUUGGAGACAUCCCUGCCAUCCAUGACAGCUCCAGGGUGUCUGAGCCGGCCGCGUUCCUAGACCUGGAUGUGUCGGUGGAAAACGGGACGGGGGGGCUGGCGCCGGCGCGGCCCCUCACGUGGCAGGUGGAGUAUCCCGGCCAGGAUCCCGAGGCACAGAAGGACAAACUGGUCUGGGAAAUCCAGGUGUCGGAGCGGGACGUCCGUGCCCUUGUCCCACUGGUGCAGGAGCUGGAGAUCCUGAACACGGCACCGCUGACCGGGAUCCCCCGCGUUAUCCCGGUCAAACUGGUGGCUGUGGAAGCAGGGGGCGGAGUGUCCGAGCUCACGGAUCCCGUAGGAUGCGAAUCCGCUGACAAGCAGGUGCUGCAGGUGUCGGAUUCCUGCGACCUGGUGUUCGUGGGGGGCAAGGAGAGCCGAGGGGCGCGGGGGGCCCGCGUGGAUUUCUGGGUGCGCCGGCUGCGGGCGGAGCUGAGCUUCUCCGUCUGGGCUCCACUGCUCCCGCUCCGUGUCCAGCUGGGAGAUCCCAUCCUGGAGCAGCUCCGUGGCUGGAGACUGCCCGGGGGGCCUGACAGUGCCGUGGUCGAGUCCGAGGACCCCGCAGAGGAGCCGGAGCGGCGGGCGCGGGGCUGCCGGCCCCAGUUCCAGCGCACGGAGCUCCGUGUCCUAGCACACUUUGUGGCCCACCCCCUGGAUGGUGGCCGUCACCUGUCCUACCUGCCCAGCCCUGAGUGGCUCCUGGAUGUCACCCACCUGGUGGCUGCCCGGACCCGUAUCCAGGACCCCCGUGUGGCCUCACUGGAAGCGGGGGCCGUGGUGGUAGGCCGGGAGCCUGGAGUCACCUCCGUGGAGGUGCGCUCCCCGCUCUCCGACUCCAUCCUGGGGGAGCAGACGCUGGUGGUUUCUGAGGAGAAGGUGACAGUGACAGAGCUCCACGCCCAGGUGGUGGCUGGGCUCUCCUUAUCCCUGCGGACACAGCCGGAUCAUCCUGGCAUGGUCACCACCACUGUCCUGGGGACACCCACGCUACGGGCCCUCAAGCAGGAAGCGACCCUGUCCAUCUGGUUGUCCUUCUCUGACCACACGCUGGCCCCUCUGGAGCUCUACGGGUGGCACGACGUGGCCUUGACCGUGACGUCCCUCGACCGCGCCGUUGCCACCGUCAGGGGGUCCCCUGGGGUCCCCGCUGCCCACCCGUGGGUGGUGGCCGAGGGGCCGGGCCGGGGGGCCCUGCUCCAGCUCAGCCUGCACCCCCCGGAUGUGUGCCGGCGUGGCCGGCACCGCGCGGCCGCCCUGGCCACCGGCACCGCCUGGCUCGAGGUGGGGGUCCCCUCUCCCGGGAGCCCCCGGCCCUUCCCGCGGGCUGAGGGUGCCAUGUCCGGGGAAGCGGUGACCGUGGGACAGAGGGACCCCGCGGGCGUGGGGCCAGCAGCCACCAAGCUCCAGGGGUCUUCCUCGGAGGAGGAUGAGGAGGAAGGCUACGGACGCAACCGCGUCGGCAUGGAAGAGGAGGAGGAAGAGGAGGAGGAGAUGGUGAAGGCUCCGGAGCGGGUGACUGACCUGGAAAUUGGGAUGUACGUGCUCCUGGGAGUCUUCUGCCUCGCCAUCUUCAUCUUCCUCGUCAACUGCAUCUUCUUCGUGCUCCGGUACCAGCAGAAGGAGCUGCCCGAGCGGGCGGGACCCCCCUCGGCCCCGCAACCCCACAACUGGGUCUGGCUGGGCACCGACCAGGAGGAGCUGAGCCGGCAGCUGGAUCGGCAGCAGCUGGAUCGGCCACAGCUGGAUCGCCGGCAGCCGGAACCCCCGGCAUCCCCGGGCCCCCCCUGUGGCUGCGGGGGCCCCCCGGGCUCCGGCGAGGACGGGGCUCCCCCCGGCUCCCCGGCCCCCGGAGCGCCGCUGCCCCGCAAGGAGGGAUCGGCUCCAGGCGGCGGCCGCAGGAAGCGGGUGGAGUUUGUCACCUUUGGCCCCCCCCGUGUCCCCGAGGAGCCCCCCCCGGCAGCCCCCCAUGUCCAGUCCAUCCUGGUGGCCAGCGAGGACGACAUCCGCUGGGUGUGCGAGGACAUGGGGCUGCGGGAUCCCGAGGAGCUCCGGAGCUACAUGGAGAGGAUCCGCGGCAGCUCCUGACCCCGAGGGGGCGACUCCCGGACCCCCCAAUUCCCGGGCAAACCAGUAAGGGCCCGACCUCCUCCCCGUGCCGUGCUGGGGGGACAC